CCGUGUGUGGGCAGUGCCAAGGGGUGCCAGCCCACAUGGCCCUGGAGGAAGUGGCUCUUAUGGCUUUUGGGAAAUACCGGCCCUGCCGUGCAAGAAAACCUUUGCAAGAUUCAAGAGUCAGCUCCUCACAACUACUUGUUAUUGGUACAGCGAUCAGAAUUAUGCACAGUCAUGAAAAAUUAUAAGCAGGCCCUCCACGAUGCUGAUGCUGUCUGUCAAAGUGAACCCCUGUGGUCUAAGGGACAUUAUGUGAAAGCACAGGCCCUUUCUGGUCUGGGAAGGACUGAAGAAGCAUUGAAGGAAUUUCUCUAUUGUGUUGCCUUAAAUCCCGACUGGAGCUUAACGAAGAAAGAAGCACAAAAGAUCAUGUGUGAGAUGUUUUUCCCAGCUCUGGAAAAUGUGCACGAUGACUUAACAUCUUCCGUCCGAAGCCAUACACCUUACCCCAGGUGGAAAUCCAAGUUUCUGAGCAGCAUAACUAUACAGCCUCCUGUAGAAGAUGAUUCUAGUGCUGGGUGUUCUAAGGAUUCUGUGUUCAGGCUAACCAAAACUCCAUCCCAAGAGUCCGACGUAUUUCAAAGCACUGAUUCUUCUGUUUCACACCAUGUUGUGAAUCUACAUUUUGAAGAUGCUCCAAAGACUUUGAAAACAGUUCCUUCCAGGUUUGCCAGUCCUCGGUUAAAGAGAGAGUUCACCAGUGAUUUGGAGGACGUGCAGAACUCGGACAUCCCAAAUAAAAUCCCCAAGGAAGCUGGAGAUUCCUUUCCCGUGAUUUCUGCUGGUCCCAAAUUUGAAGAGAAUCCACAAUUCUUGGUAGAUGCUUCUGACUUUGAGUGUUCCCUGUGCAUGAGGUUAUUCUAUGAGCCUGUCACCACACCAUGCGGUCAUACAUUCUGCCAAAAAUGUCUCGAGCGUUGCCUAGACCAUACCCCGGAUUGCCCUCUUUGCAAAGAGAAUCUUUCAGAAUUUUUGGCUAACAGAAGUUAUAAAAAGACCAUUUUGACUGAAGCAUUAAUCGUUCGGUAUUUGCCAGAGGAGUUGUCUGAAAGGAAGAAACUUUAUGAUGACGAGAUAAAGGAGUUGUCUGAUUUGACUAAAGAUGUUCCCAUCUUUGUGUGCACCAUGGCUUUCCCUACAAUCCCAUGUCCUCUUCACAUCUUCGAGCCUCGAUAUCGCCUAAUGAUGAGAAGGUGCAUGGAGACCGGCACCAAAAGGUUCGGCAUGUGUUUGGCGGACGAGCUCAAAGGGUUUGCCGAUUAUGGCUGCAUGCUGGAGAUUAGGGACGUGAAGUUUUUUCCUGAUGGAAGUUCAAUUGUAGAUACAGUUGGAGUCAGUCGGUUCAGAGUCUUAAGCCAUGGACUGCGAGAUGGGUAUAACACCGCAAACAUCGAGUACCUCGAAGAUAAAAAGGUGGAAGGGCCAGACGACGAGGAACUUGUCCAUCUGCAUGACUCAGUGUAUGAUCAAGCUGUCUCCUGGUUUACAUCUCUCAAGGACAACAUGAAAGCGCAAAUUCUAAACCAUUUUGGACCAAUGCCAGGCAAAGAAUCUGAACCACAGAGCAAUCCUAGUGGCCCUGCUUGGUAUUGGUGGCUGCUGGCAGUGUUACCGUUAGAAAACAGGGCUCAGCUGGCUAUACUCGGCAUGACCUCUCUUAAAGACCGCCUAGUCGCCAUCAGACGGGUAUUAAUAUUUGUCACACGCAAAAGGCCCAGAUGACCCGGGCUAGUGUAUAAUGGGGCAGAAAAAGAAUUGUCGAUCUCGUUCCCAAGACUGCCAGAGGCCCCUUCGCCAAGGCCAAUAGCGCUUUGUUUUGGUUGGGGAAAUGACACGUUUAAUUUCAGGGUCAUAUGAAUCGGAGUCCUCACCACCCACCAAAUUCUACUCACCGUGCCUGACCUCGUGGUGAAACCUCAGCCUCUUUAGAUAGAGUGGCUAAACAAUCCCGACAGAGUCGGAAGUAGCGGAGGACAGCGUAAGAAACAACUCUUCGUAGCGGAAGCUUCUAGCCUGCAACACACUCGUGCCGAAAGCACUAGAACACCACAAGUGGCUUAUGUGCUGUUUGCGUUUGGCUGGGAUAGAGAGCUCAAUUGACCGGGAAAUCGCUCAUGCGGAAUUAAAUGCUUUUUGAUCCGAACGCUCCCCACGGCGGGUCAAUGAAAGGACAGAAUUUUGUGGGUGGAAGGAAAAUUUCGCAGAGCCCAUCACUGACACAGAGUGCUCCGAAUGCCAUCCACCCUCCAUCCUCUCUUAAAGACCGUCCACCCCUAUAAAGCUGAUCAGUCAAAGGGGUUGCCUGAGAGAGAGGCAGGUAAUUUGUCUCAAACGGUAAUAGCUACUAAAUAGAGUGGUAUUUGGUAGCCUUUUGUGGGUUGCAUGUCGUUAUCAAGUGACUGUCAAAAUUAAUCCGAGACAGACGUGUGUCUUCAUCUUGGAAUCACCUAAAAGUAGCACAGCUGGUCUGAAGUACAGUGCAGACAAGACCAAGCUGUGCAGUUAAAAGGGAGGAAGUUAAAGACCACUGUAAAAUGGUCGUUAGUUUCAAUCCAGAGCCCAGGAAAUCACACUGCAGUGUGGAGGGUGUGUAUUUGUAUAUGCGUGUGCGUGUAUCUUACGAGAAAGCCAGCUCAAGAAAUGAACCCCUUCUUUUUGGAAACAGCUAUCCAGCAACUACCCGACCAGGUGUAUCGCUUUAGGAAGAAUGCUUGAAUGUACAAAUAACAUGCCAACCUAACGCGUAGUAGGUUGGAACCGUGUUUGUCGAAACAACUUGACCCGUGCUAGUAAGUUGUUUUUCCGUUUUGUUUUGUUUUUUUAAUUUAUAUACCAACUGAUGCAAGUCUAGGUCCAUGAUAGCGAUCUCAGUCUGAAAAGGGGCCCGGACUGCUUGGUAAAUGAAAGACAACUAAUGAGAAAUUUUGUCACGUUACUGUCCUCGUCCAUUGUGUGUGGUGUUUAGGAGUUUCGAAAUGUAUUUCGUAAUAGCAAAUGUUGCUGGUGUGUCAAUUAAGCAAAUUAUUAGACAGUAAACUGACAGUAUUACUUUAGUUCCAGUCAUUUGUGUUCCGAUAAAUAAAAUUCCUUCUAGUAAGUGGGAAAAAUUAACGUGGGAUCUCCUUGGAGUCAUUAAAGAUGCCUGCAACAUUUAAAGAAGAAUUUGGAAAAUAUUUGAUGAUCAGAUGUUUAAAGUGCCUAAUUUUCGUGUUUUGAAUCUCUUCUCUCAAUACAGAUGUCAUUUAAAACCAAUUUGCCUAAACGAGUUUUGAAAGGUGAUCGCUUCAAAAAAUGUUUGACAGACUAAAAGUAUUCAACUUUUGGUAUUGUAGUCAUUAGCCGGCUCUUGAGAGCAAGAAAAAAAAAGGAAUGUUGCAGAAGACUUUUAGUAUAAGUGGUUCAUGAAAACUCAUAAUAUGCACUGAACAUUUUGUAGCUUUCUUCUUAGAAAACCUUUUCUAUCUCAGUAGUGGCUUGAAAAUUUGUAAGUGUGAGAAUUAUUGGAUUUGUUAAUUAUGGCAUUUUUUAAGCGCUUACUCCAUGUCAAACACUGGACUAAGUGCUGGGGUAGGCAUAAGAUAAU